UGCGGCAAACCGUCUUUGGGCCUCAGUUUCCCUUCCUGUAAAAUGGGAGUGAGGAGGCAUGGGCUCAGCACUCUUAGGACCCUCUCGGACUGAGUCCGUCUAGGCUCCCAAGCCUGCCCCAGUGGGGUGGCCCCAAGCGGGUGGGGUGGGGACGGCUGCCGCUCCGAGGCCUGGACACUCCCACCCCGCCCACCCCGCUCGCGCGGUCGCUUUAAGGUCGGGCGGGGCCGGGGCGCGGCACCUGGAGCCAAGGACCGGCCAUCCCGGAGUCUCCACCGGACCUACGGCGCGCGAGGACCCGGAUCGGAGGAGAACUGGGGCGGGCGGUGCGAGCGCUAGCCCGGGGGUCCGGGGCCGGCGGCCGCGCGGGGGCGGGGGCGAAGCCGGGCUCCGCACACCCCUCGGCGCCCCCGGAGCGCCCCGCCUCUCGCAGAGCCAGUGCGGGGAUCUUAGCCCCGGGCGGGCUCGUGGGGUGCGGCCGGCUGACACUUCUCUGCUCCGCCUGGGGGGGGGGCGACGGGAGCGGACGGGACGCUCGGCGGCUGAGGGUCGGGACGGGGGGCGUUUGGACACCCCUGGAAGAGACCGAGAGCGGGACCUUGGAGCUCUUGGGGGACGCGGAGAGCCGGGCGGUGGGACAGCCGUCGGGGGAUCGUGCCGCCCUCUGGUUCCCGCGUCUGGACCGCGCCUGGACCACGCCUGGCCACCUGCCGCCUGAUGGCUUCCUCCGAGACGUGUGGUGCGAGCCGAGUGGCCCCCGUGCUGCGCUACUGCAUGACGGUCAGCGGCACGGUGCUUCUGGUAGCCGGGACGCUCUGCUUUGCGUGGUGGAGUGAAGGAGACGCAGGUGCUCAGCCUGGCCAGCCGGCCCCGCCCACUGGGCGCCCCGUGCCUGAGGCCCCCAGCCCCCUGCUCAGAUCGGUCAGCUUCUUCUGCUGCGGUGCAGGAGGCCUGCUACUACUCUUCGGCCUGCUGUGGUCCAUCAAGGCCAGCACCCGGGGGCCUCCCCGGUGGGACCCAUAUCGCCUCUCCAGAGACCUGUACUACCAAACUGUGGAGUCCUCGGAGAAGGAGAGCUACAGGCUCCCAGAGCUGGCUGCCAUCCCCACUUACGAGGAGGCCAUGUGCUGCUCGCUUGCUGAGGGUCCCCCGACACCAGCCGCGGACCCCGUGGAGGGAGGCCUGAAGGACAGUGCC